AUGGGAUGCGGAAAAAUAGUGUGUGCUCAGGAAGGUAGUGGUCCGUGCUCUUUCUGUGGGACACUAGUCUGUACCAAAGAGGAAAAAGAGGUGAUGGUUGCCGAUCUUAGAAGUAUUUCACUGUUGGUUACUUCAUUUUGUUACUCACUAAGUGUUUACAUCAUUUAUUUAUAG